UCGCAAACAUAUGCUCCCGCAGGAACAAGCCAUCUCACUCAAAGGAGGCUUGGUCGUCAUGAUGAGCUCCUACGCUAAAGAGACUGCGACCUGCUCUGCAGAGAGCUCCUUCGAUGAGCUUUUGGAAAUCCAAGAAGGAUACGUGGUGCUACCAACACCCCAUGAGGAAUAUGAGUGGUUGAUGCUGCCACAGAACAUCGACACGCAACCUGCGAACGUUACUCUCGAGCUUGAUGGAAAGGACGAAACCUCGAGUGUGGUGCCUCCCAUAGAUCCUGAAGGAGAAGACGAGGAGCAGGCACCAAGCACUUUGCCACAGCCACACGAUGAUAUCGAAACGCCUAGCGCUCACAAUCAGUCCCCAUCAGCGGUAUCCAUCGAAAGUCGCGCCGAAUCUUGUGGUACGGGCUCAGUAUCCUCUUGUGAGUCGUCCGAUAGAGGGAAGGGAUACGAAAACCCCAACGAUGAGGUUCAGAAAAUUCCUGCUGCCAUGCGAGAGCACCGCUCGCCUGACGACACGAGCAAGGCUCGGGUGAGCUUCAUCGAACUUCAGCCCCGCAUACCUUCGUGCCGGAUUUGCGGGUCUCCGACGGAAUGGAACACCUCUAGCACAUUGAGAAUAUGCGACCGAUAUUACCACAAAGACUGUUUCUUGGGGGCACAUUCCAGUUGUGCCGCCACGCGCGUUCCUAUGGGAGGCAGAUCCACUCCCGAGAGCGACAAAAAGACCAGAGCUCGAGUCCGCGCUUGUAGCCGAAAGGUUUUCUCGCGCAUAAAGAGGUUUCUGGGAGAAACUUCUCGGAAAAUAUCGUGUUUACCGACCACCCGAGCUCGUUAAAGCUCGCACGAAGCACGCAGAACUCCAUCAGGGUCUGUGCUGAGUGAAACCGUCUUAUGGAACCACCAUUUUCCUGACUGUUGUUGAUUAUGCCUAGGAGACUUUGUUCACCUCUUUGUUCCCCAUUCCCUAGACUCGCAUAAUUUUAUAACGGAUUGAGUCAAUCAUACAUAAUAAUAACUGACAUUGGUUGAGAGACGCGCUGAAUAUUUCUGACGCUCUCAAAUUCAGUAUCGAAAUGAACUCUUAUCGUAGACUCGAAGCAGUUUCUCGGUACGCUCGAGUCUCUGCCAUAAAUGGACCCCCAAUAAAGACAGCUUGUUUUAAUUUAAUACAAC